ACUACAAAUUGGUAUAAAUGUGUUCAAUUCCGCAACAUUCUUGGCACUGCUGGACAAGUUGGAGCGCAAACAGAGACAAAAUUGAAAGAGAAGAAGUUGAGAGUAGAAGAUGCUCCUAAUGCAACCAAGGCAACAGUUGAGGAGAGUAUUAUUGUUGGGGGUGGUUGUAUGAUGUUGAGACUCGCAUCAAAGGUGGAUUCCAACAAGGAUACUCUUGAAAAUGAUGAGCAGAAGGUUGGAGUAGAGAUUGUUAGGAGGGCUCUAAGCUAUCCUCUUAAGUUGAUUGCCAAAAAUGCAGGUGUCAAUGGAAGUGUGGUCACUAAGAAGGUGCUUACACCAUCAAACUGAAUUAAGGCUGGCAAAACUUCUUGAAGCUUUUUAUAUUCUGUUGCAUUGAAUGUACCAUUUUGAUUGUUGUUCCCUUUAGGUUC